AUGCCAAAGGCCGAGGUCGGUUCAACGAAAUACGUCGCAAACCGCAUGAAGGCCAAGGGCCUUCAGCGCUUGAGAUGGUACUGUCAAGUUUGCGAAAAGCAAUGCAGAGAUGCGAAUGGAUUUCGCCAGCAUACCAUGUCUGAGUCUCAUGUUCGGCAAAUGUUGCUUGUCGGCGAAGACCCUAAGAAGUACAUAAAAUCGUACACGCAGCAGUUUCAGUCAGACUUUCUCCAGCUUCUCAGGACGGGUCACGGUGAGAAGCCGGUCCAUAUCAACCAUUUUUAUCAGGACUUAACGGAAUUUGCAAAACAUCUGGGCCGCGAGGGAAUUUGCCGCGUCGAAGAAAACGAUAAGGGUAUUCACAUAGCGUGGAUAGACCGGUCUCCAGAAGCCCUAAGACGACAGGAUGCAUUAAGACGCAAAGAGGCCCAGGAUCAAGGCAACGAGGAGAUAGAACAGCGAAUGAUUCGGGAGCAGAUCAAGCGAGCACAAGCCACCGCUGGCAGUCGGGAAGAGGAGAAAGAGGAGGAUAACGAAGCUCGAGAGCUAAAGCGACAAGAAGGCGAGAAGAUCAAGCUCUCAUUUGGAGCGAAGCCAGCUGCCUCCGAAGCGAAGUCAUCAGAAAGCCCAGCGCCUGACACAACAGCCCCUGAAGCGGAAACUUCGAAGACAGCAGACAUGACUACGGACAAGGGCAAGGAGCCGGAAGCAGCGCCAGCAAAGCCUGGUGGGUUUGGAGGUAUUUCAAUGAAGCUUGGCGGAAAGCCUCAAACCAAGAACGUUUUCGCCCAGGCCAAGAAGAACGCCCUCGCUUCAGGAUCCAAGAAAACAGCCAAGAUUGAACAGCCAAAGAAGAUGAGCGAGGCUGAACGCAUAAUGAAGGAGGAGAUGGAGAAGAAACGAUCAAGAGAGUCUGCUGGAUUCAGCUUUGGUAUGGGCUCUGGCAAGAAGCAGAAAAAUAAUUGA